AUGCUAAGUAGGAGAAUCAUGGCAGCAGUACCUAAACAAGCCUGGGGAGAGCCAUCAACAAUUACAGGUGGAAACUGUGCUUCUAUACCAGAGAAAACAAAACCAUUGAAAGCUUCAUCACCUAAAAAAAUAACAGCAGAAGAAUCUUUAUUAGCUGGUUUAAAAAAUUUGAAUAUCAAAGAAGAUGUCCAUAAACCACUGGCUCUAAAUGCAAAACGUUCUUUAUCUACCUCAAGCAGCAUCAGCAAUUAUAGCAAAGAGUCAAUACAUAUCUGUCAAGUGGCUAGGUAUCUCCAAGACAAACAUGUACCAAAGGUUGUGGUGUUGGUAGGAGCUGGUCUCAGUACCAACAGUGGUAUCCCAGAUUUUAGGACUCCUGGCAGUGGUUUAUAUGACAAUCUACAACAGUACAAUAUUCCUUAUCCACAAGCAAUAUUUGAUAUCGAUUAUUUUCAUACUGAUCCUUAUCCAUUUUUUGCCCUUGCCAAAGAACUGUACCCAUCUGUGAAAUACCGCCCAAACUAUAAUCAUUAUUUUUUGCGACUCCUUCAUGAACAUGGCUUGUUACUGCGCCUCUACACACAGAAUAUUGAUGGUCUUGAGAGGUUGGCUGGGAUUCCUCUAUCCAAAUUAGUUGAGUCCCAUGGCAAUUUCUCUCAUGCUACAUGUACCACUUGCCGCAAAAAAUAUAAAGGACAUGAAAUUAAGGCUGCAAUAUUCAAAGAUGAAAUUCCUGUCUGCCGUGAUUGCAAGGGCACAGUGAAACCAGAUAUUGUUUUCUUUGGAGAAGAUUUGCCUGAAAGUUUCUAUCAAUACCAUAAGGACAUGAGCCAAGCAGAUCUUGUACUCAUCAUGGGAACAUCUCUUCAGGUGCAACCAUUUGCUGGUAUCAUCAAUUGUGCACGUCCUCAGAUUCCUCGAAUUCUUUUCAAUAUGGAACCAGUGGGUCCUUUCAAACGGCCAAAACGAUCUACAGACUUCACUAUCAAAGGUGACUUGACAAACAGUUUGGAGCAUCUGGUUAAUCAACUUGGCUGGCAAAAGCAUAUAUUGAAGUUGUUGCAAGAACUUGAAGGGCAGGAAUAUGCAAAUCAGUUCCAUCAAGACCAGGAGAUUCCAGCUACUUUAUGUGAUGGAGGAGCAGAUGGCACACCACAAAAGUUUAAGGAUUCUUCUAUGAUCAGAAAGAAGUCAGGCGACACAUACAAAGGUGCUAGCCAUUUAAAACCUAAGACAAAUGAUGAAAAUAGCAUAAAAACUGACAAACCAUAA